AUGUUCAACAUCAACCCCCUGGAGAACCUGAAGCUGUACAUCAGCAGUCGGCCGCCCCUGGUGGUCUUUAUGAUCAGUGUAAGCGCCAUGGCAAUAGCUUUCCUGACCUUGGGCUAUUUCUUCAAAAUCAAGGAGAUUAAGUCACCGGGAAUGGCAGAGGAUUGGAAUACUUUUCUGCUGCGAUUUAAUGAUUUGGACUUAUGUGUAUCAGAGAAUGAAACAUUAAAGCAUCUCACAAAUGACACUACAACUCCAGAAAGCACAAUGACCAGUGGGCAGGCCAGAGUGUCCACCCAGGCCCCACAGGCACUGGAGGAUUCAGGCCCUGUUAACAUCUCCGUUGCAAUCACCCUCACCCUGGACCCGCUCAAACCCUUUGGAGGGUACUCUCGCAAUGUCACCCAUCUGUACUCAACCAUCUUAGGGCAUCAGAUUGGACUUUCAGGCAGGGAAGCCCAUGAAGAGAUAAACAUUACCUUUACCCUGCCAGCAGCUUGGAGCUCGGAUGACUGUGCCCUUCACAGUCACUGUGAGCAGGUGGUGUUCACAGCCUGCAUGACGCUCACAGCCAACCCUGGUGUGUUCCCCGUCACAGUACAGCCGCCGCACUGUGUUCCGGACACAUACAGCAAUGCCACGCUCUGGUACAAGAUCUUCAUGACUGCUAGAGACGCCAACACAAAAUAUGCUCAAGAUUACAAUCCUUUCUGGUGUUAUAAGGGGGCAAUUGGAAAAGUCUAUCACACUUUAAAUCCCAAGCUUACAGUUGUUGUUCCAGAUGAUGACCGUUCAUUAAUAAAUUUGCAUCUCAUGCACACCAGUUACUUCCUCUUCGUGAUGGUGAUAACAAUGUUUUGCUAUGCGGUUAUCAAGGGCAGACCUAGCAAAUUGCGUCAGAGCAGUCCUGAAUUUUGUCCUGAGAAGGUUGCUUUGGCUGAUGCCUAA